AUGCCGUGGACAUCAGCCAAACACUCACCGAACAACUUCACCCGGCCCCUUGGCCCCAACGAGGUGUUCAUCAAACUAAUCAGUGAUCCCGGCCACCCGCUCGGUCGUGAACACUGGGCCAUCAACUAUACGGCCACCAUCAGUCCUCGUGGGGCAUUCAAAGCCUUGUCGGACUCGCCUGACCUUCUACCAUCCCUCAUCCGCUACAGCUGGCUACAUCUGCGCUUCCAGCACCCCAGUCUAGCUGCGCAUCCGGACUCCAACUCCAACGCCGUCUACACGGUUCCCGACUCUGCCGAUGCUCUUAAUGAAUGGGCCUCGCAGACCUUUACAGUGGAGGCCGACGCCCAGUCCGCCAACGAGGUAAUUCCCACCAUUGCACCAGCUGCGGACGCCCGGCUGUACUAUGUCCCCCAAUCAAAUGAGCUUCUCCUACACACCGCACACUGGCGAAUGGAUGGAGUCGGUGGCCUGCUUCUCCUCGGUCAGCUGGUAGACCUGAUGGUCUCGCACGCCGACACCCUCGUCUCGGGGAAGCUGCCAGACCCGUUCGAUUCCUUCCAAUGGGGAUCGGAGGUCACACGGCUGGCGCCACCGGUCGAAGAGGCCGGCAACAUGCCCCUCACCGCGACCGACGAGCAGAAGGCUGUCGCCCACGGGACAGUCGGCACAUUUGCCCUGGUGGCGGGCGCCCUCGGGGUACCCUAUACCGGGGAUGCCGCGACUGUACCGUCCGGCACACGGGCCGCCGAGCUCAAGUUUUCUCCCACCACCACGUCCGCCGCUGUGUCUGCCGCAAAAGCACGCGGUGUCGGGAUGACAGCUGCCGUGCAUGCCAGUCUAGCCGCGGUCAACUUCCGACACGCGAUCAUUGAGCAUCAGGGCCGCCACUACACCAGUACCAUCAAACAGUCGCUGCGGCCGUAUCUGCCCGAACCGUACUCAACCCCCGCGGCGGCAGCCGGGCUAUACACGUCUGGCUGGUUAGCUCGGGUUGACCGCUCCGGGACCUGGGAGGAGAAUGCACGCAUGUAUCAGGUGGAGUAUGAGAAGGGCAUCAGUAGCGAAUAUCUCCAGGCGCACCGCGAGUAUGCGUCCACUUUGGUGGAUGUGAUGAAGAAUCUGCCGGCUCCGACAGAGCCGCCUAGCGAUAUUGAUAUCAGUAGCAUGGGGAUCAUGGAGAAAUAUCUGGAGCGCGAAUAUGGAACCCCGGAGCGUGGGAUUGGCAUCACGCAUGCCGGGGUGGGCGUGGAGAUAAUUUCGCGCCAAGGUGUCGUUUUUGUGUGGACGUUCCGUGAUCAGUUGACACUGCGGCUGGUUUAUAACGAGGCUUUCCAUACUCCGGAGCAGAUGACGGAGUUUUUACAUGACAUUCAAGCAAACCUGUUGAAGGAAUUGGGGGUAGUGGAGUAG